AUGUCAUCGACCUCGAAGGUGACCUUCAAGACCAUGGACUACUUCAAAUUCCGCAAGUACGUCAUCGACGGCAACCGUGACGACACAUCCUGCUGCAGUAAGGAAGUGACGUCACUUAUGAGCGCAGUGCAGACCUUAAAUCUGCGCGACGACGAAUUUGACGCAAGCGACAGAGGAAGAUUCGACGAGAUUUCGACUUGUUACAAGCAGAUCCUGCAGUGCAGACGAGUUGAUUCCAUCGACGUUCGCCUGAAGAGCGGGUGGUGGGGCGAACAAAAAUCCGGUCUGUCGGUCGGUAAAAUCAAGCCCGCUAUGUUACUCGAGAUCCUCGUUGCUAAGACACGUGACUGGCUGUCUAGGCAUAACGACGGUUGCCAUGACAACGAUGAUUCUAUAAAUAAAAAUAUUGAAAAAAGUGGCAUGUACGUCUUGAAACACAGGGAGAAAUCAUGUUUCCAAAUAGUGCAGAAAUGCGACCAGAGCGUGUUUGGACAGUGCGCGGAGUUCUUCAAGACAGCAUUCGACGGAUCUGCACAUUCGGCUAUCGGUUCGUUGCUGGUUGUUAGUCUGGUCAAUGAUUGGGACUUCUACUUCAUCAACACGCCUGAUAAAAGACCGGACAUAAUGCAGAUAGUGGAGAACGAUUUGAUCCUGAAACAUGACUCCCUCUGGCCACACGGACUCAACAGCACGUUCAUCAUCCAAUCCCCGUUCGACAUCCAUCACUUCAGACUUUCCUGCAUAAGACAUCAGUGGCCUCCAGAAAAAAAGAUUAAAAAUAUAAAGGUACCUCCCCUAGACGUCAAUCAAUUAGUGACCUCCACGAGUGAAAAGUCAACUGCGAAAUUGAGUGGAAGUAACAGUAAUGGAAACGUUACAUCUGUACAACAUACAUCUAACCUGAGCGCUGUUUCGAAUGUUAAGGAGACUACGCCACAAAGACCAGCUUCAGCAAAAUCAUGUCCCGCGAAGCCAACGAACAUUUCCUCUCAUGCUACGAAGACCCCUCAAAGACCAUCCACAGCUUUCAAGGGACCCGCCACUAAUUCAAACGAUAAGAGUCCCAGUCCCGUUAAAUCACCAUCCAAACAGCCCAUACCCAGUGCAAGAAGUUCAAAAGCAUUAUCAACGUCAAACACGAAGGAUCUGAAAAAGCUGAAACAAACCUCUGAAGCGGUCGCAUCUCUUACGGUGACUGACAGCAACCCAAACAUCUCCACGAGCAACAACAGCAACGAGGACAGUCCGAAUUCCAACAACGUACCGAUAAAAGAAAACUACCAACCUUCUGAUGAAAAUGAUAAAACAACCAUAGCGACCGUCGAUGAUGUACCGACUGACGAAUCUCAACCGCUGAAACGCUCCAACACUUUUACCAGACUCGACAACGAAGAACUGUACAACGAGCCAGCAUAG